AUGCCCCCACGGGCUCUCCUCAGGGUCAGCGGUGCCCCCAGGGGAUCUUCCAGAAGCAGUGGCACCCCAAGAGGCAGCUGGACCCUCAGGAGCCCUCUCAGGGGCCCUACCAGAGGAGCCUCCUACCAAGAGACCUAUAGCUUUCGGUGCGUCGCCCUUAGGGGCUCUCCCAGGGCUGUCGGUGCCCCGAGGGGCCUUGCCAUGGGUGGCGGCGCACCUAGGGGCCCUGCCAUGGGUGGUGGCGCACCCAGGGGCUUUACCAGGUGCGUCGCCCUUAGGGGCUCUCCCGGGGCUGUCGGUGCCCCGAGGGGCCUUGCCAUGGGUGGCGGCGCACCCAGGAGCCCUGCCAUGGGUGGUGGUGCACCCAGGGGCUUUACCAGGUGCGUCGCCCUUAGGGGCUCUCCCAGGGCUGUCGGUGCCCCGAGGGGCCUUGCCAUGGGUGGCGGCGCACCUAGGGGCCCUGCCAUGGGUGGUGGCGCACCCAGGGGCUUUACCAGGUGCGGUGGCGCCCACAGGGUCUCUCCUAGGGGCACCGGUGCCCCCAGGACACCUCUCAGGUGCGUCGCCCUUAGGGGCUCUCCCGGGGCUGUCGGUGCCCCGAGGGGCCUUGCCAUGGGUGGCGGCGCACCCAGGAGCCCUGCCAUGGGUGGUGGUGCACCCAGGGGCUUUACCAGGUGCGUCACUCUUAGGGGCUCUCACAGGGGUGUCGGUGGCCCCAGGGAACCUGGCAAAGGUGGCAGCGCUCCCAGGGGCACUACCUGGGGCGGUGGCGCACCCAGGGUCCUUCCCAGGUGUGGUGGCCCCAGAGGGUCCCUCCCAGGGGCACCGGUGCCCCCAGGGGACCUCUCAGGUGUGGAUGCGCCUCCAGGCGCCGGCCAAGGGGUAACGUCGCCCCCAGGGGACCGCCAAGGGGUAACAUCACCCAGAGGGGACCGCCAAGGGGUAAUGUGGCCCACAGGGGCUCUUCUUAGGGGCAUCGAUGCCCCCAGGGGCUCUCGUCAGGGUGCGUCGCCCUUAGGGGCUCUCCCAGGGCUGUCGGUGCCCCGAGGGGCCUUGCCAUGGGUGGCGGCGCACCUAGGGGCCCUGCCAUGGGUGGUGGCGCACCCAGGGGCUUUACCAGGUGCGGUGGCGCCCACAGGGUGCGUCGCCCUUAGGGGCUCUCCCGGGGCUGUCGGUGCCCCGAGGGGCCUUGCCAUGGGUGGCGGCGCACCCAGGAGCCCUGCCAUGGGUGGUGGUGCACCAAGGGGCUUUACCAGGUGCGUCACCCUUAGGGGCUCUCCCAGGGCUGUCGGUGCCCCGAGGGGCCUUGCCAUGGGUGGCGGCGCACCCAGGGGCCCUGCCAUGGGUGGUGGCGCACCCAGGGGCUUUACCAGGUGCCGUGGCGCCCAGAGGGUCUCUCCUAGGGGCACCGGUGCCCCCAGGACACCUCUCAGGUGUGGUGGCGCCCUCAGGGGCCCGCCAAGGAAGAAUGUCACCCCCAGGGGCCCGCCAAGGGGUGCGUCGCCCUUAGGGGCUCUCCCGGGGCUGUCGGUGCCCCGAGGGGCCUUGCCAUGGGUGGCAGCGCACCCAGGAGCCCUGCCAUGGGUGGUGGUGCACCCAGGGGCUUUACCAGGUGCGGUGACACCCACAGGGUCUCUCCUUGGGGCACCGGAGCCCCCAGGGGACCUCUCAGGUGUGGUGGCGCCCCCAGGGACCCGCCAAGGAGGAACGUCACCCCCAGGGGCCCGCCAAGGGGGACCGUCGAGACUACAGGCCUGCCAGGUAAUGCCGCCCCCAGGCCUUCAGGGGGAAGCGAUACCCCAGGCUCUCAAGGUCAUGGUGCCCUCAGGAUCUUCCAGAAGCAGUAGUCUCUAA